CUCGCCACGCUCCUUUGACACGCCGAGAGCAACGAAGGAUCUCGCGCGCGCGCGCGAGAGAGAGACAGAGAGACAGAGACAGAGACAGAGAUGGGAGGAGAAGACACCCUAAAACACCGAGGCUCGCUCGCAGCUCCUCUAAUCUUCAUGAUCGUCAUCAGCUUCCACCUCCUCUCCAGGUGGCUCGAACACUUAAAAAAGAAAGGAUCCAAGAGUACAGUAGUAAUCCAGUUGCGUGGAGAGAUAAAUCAACUACUGAAAGAAGCGAGCUCCUUGUCAGAGCCAUCAACAUUCGCACAAGCUACAAAACUUAGGAGGUUAGCAGCUGCCAAGGAGAAGGAACUUGCAAAUUAUCAAGAAUCAGAGAGCAAGGAAAUGAAAAUGUCAUAUGAUUUGUACCUGAAAGUUCUGUUUCUUUCUAAGGUUUUGACUUAUUUUGUGCUCAUUUGCUGGUUUUGGAGGGUUCCCGUGGCCACCAUAUCUCAUCAACUUGUGCAACCCUUUGGGAGGGUGUUAUCUUGGAGGGCUGGGGGUACCUUAAACAACAAUGUUAUGGUUGGGAUAAUACCUUGGUUAAUAAUAUCCACCAGAGUAAGCAAAUUUGUUUGUCGACUCUCCAAGUAGAAAAAGGAUUAUGGUGAUUACUAUCUUCUCACUCAGAAAAGAUAUAAUAUUUGUUUUCUGAAUUUCGAGGAAGGAAAACAAUUUCAUAACCAUUUCCUGUAACGAUGUACAUUAUUUUGUUUUUUAGUUAUUUGGCCUGCAUGUAAAUCCAGAGAGUGUAGUAAAUAAUAAAUUAGCCUCUAGUAAAAGGCCAUA